AUGACCAGUCACCACGCUCCCUCCUCAGCCCAACUCAUUCUAUUGGUCCUGCUCACUGUCGCUCCACAGCUGGCCUCUGCCCCUGUGGGGGGGGGAGAGAGUGGGGAGGAGGGGCGCUCCAGGACUCACCUCAAAAAGGACAGGCUCAGCCCCAGCCCCCUCCGCUCUCCCCUGGACCAGACCCAGGACCAGGUAAAGGAGCAGAGUCAGGAACAGAGCCAUGGUGGUCCCGCAGACAUGGACCCUGCCCGGGCACCAGCCUCUGUAUUUCUGAAGGCCCUGGACCACACCGGGAAAGCACAGGCACAGGAGAGGGGAGAGGGACAGGAAGAGGCUGACCCAGUCCCUUUGGAGGAGAAAGGGGGUGAGGAGAUGAGGAGAGAGGUUGGGAUGGAGGAGGAGAGGAGGAUGGAACAACUAGAAGCAGCACUAGUGGCAGCAGCUCUGGGAGAUGAAUUAAGAGAAAGGAAUGAGGAAAAGGAGGAGAGUGAGGAGAGGAAGAGUUUGGAGGACAGAGGCUGGCUUCUAGAAGGAGAGCGGGACAGAGCUGGUGGAGGGAGUGAGGAGGGAAGACAGCAGAAGGAAGAGAAGGAGGAAGAGGGGGAGGAGGAAGAAGAAGGUGGAGAAGGAGGGAGAUGGGAAGGUGAGGAGGAGAAAGGAGCAGAGGGGAGUAGGAGAGGAGAGGAGGGGAGGCCUAGUGACUUGUCUCUCCAGCGGAAGGCUCGGGGCUACUUCCAGAACAUAGACCUCGGUCUCCAAGACAACGAGAUUCGUCCUCCUCUGAAGGGAUACAAGGCCUAUAACACCCAGCUGGCACAGGCUGGCAAGAGGCUCCGCUGGGAGGAGGAGAGGGCACGCAACACACCCCUGGGGGGCAACUUCAUGGACAACUUUGAGAACAAGGCAGAAGAGGAGGGGGAGGAGGAGGAGGCUCUGUUGUGGGCAGAGGAGGAUGCACGUGCGCUUGUGGACCAGCAAGAAGUGCAGCGGCAGCAAAAAGAGGCAGAGAGGGCCAGAGUAGAGGAGCAGCGACUUGCAGACAUCGCCUCUGACAUGCUGCUGCAGUACAUGGAGAGGAAACAGCAGGGAACGCCCAGGCCCAGGCAGAAGGCCGGCACAAACGCUGUGGAAGAUAAACGGUCGGAGGUGGUGGUAACCGACAUGGACGACCUGGACCAGCAGAUAACUGACAGGCUGAUCGAGAUCAGCAGCAAGCUGCACCUGCCGGCAGACGACGUGGUCCAGAUCAUCUCCAACGUAGAGGAGAAGAAGAAGAGAAAGGAGCUGACGUCGCUUAGCAUCCCGGUCGCCCCACGUUACCGGCCCCUAGUUCCCCCACCCCUAGUGACAGGCUCCAUGUACCACUACACAGCCUCCUCCAACCCCAAGAAGGACCCUUACUACCAGCCCUACAAGAACAAGUGGAACAAGGACAGAGCCAAGGCCAAGGCCAAGGCCUACAAGCAGGGCGCCUGGUUCAAACCCCAGAAACAGUUCCUAGCCUUCCCGUCCUACCCCUACUACCAGAAACCCUACCGAGCCUACUACCCUGUGUUCUUCCCCUACCCCAAACCCCAGUACUACGACAAGAUGCCCAUGGGGGAGGAGCUACCCCACCGCCCACUCCCAGACUACGAGCUCCAGCCAAACAGGCGCAAACACAGGGCAGGGGGCAGGGAAAAAGGGAGAGGUGGGCAGGGCUGGAGACAACAGCCCCUCCCACCCCGUCUCCCCUCACCCCCCUACAUCUCCAACUACAUCUUGCCACACCCCCGGACAUAUCAGCCCCUCCCCCAGCCCAGACCCCUCUCUCCCCAGAGCAGGCGCCCCACCUACUACUACCCCCCAGGGCCUGGGGGCUUGGGUGUGGCCGGGGGAAGGGUGGGAGGGGACUAUGAAGAGGAUGAUGGGCUGGUUCCUCAGCUGGACAGUCAGGAAGAACUGGAAAACUUGAUUUCAAAAAUAUACAUGAAACGCAGAAUGUACUAG